AUGGCUAUUCCAGAUAAGAGCAAUAAUGCUCCAAAGCCAAUUAUCAAACUUCCAUUCCCUAAUUGUCAACUGAAGACAAAUUUGGAUAAGCAGUUUGAGGAGAAGUGCUUUAGUGUUAAUGUAGUUCAAAGUUAUUCUAACAAUCCCCAAGCUCUUGUAAAAGAUCCCUUGGAGGCGGUAUCUUGUGUUGCAUCCCAUUCAGCUGAGAUAGACAAAUGGCAGAAGGAAGUUGAUGCAAUAGAAAGAGCCUUCUACACUGUUGGUCUUGACUUUGAGGACGAAAAGGUGGAAUCAAUCAAAAAUUUGAAACAUCAAAGAUUGAGAAAUUUUGCGGCAAGGAACCAGGGACUUAUAAUUCAUCCAUUUUCUACUCUUCCUGUAGCUAAAAGGACUCGUGCUCAUAUACUGGAGCAAGCUCGUCAUAUUCCGUUACCUCACAGUGAAAGUUCAUCUUCGGACGAGGAGGGUGAAUAUAUUUUUGAGAUGGGUGAUCAAACACUAAAGCAGCUUGCAGCUCCAACGUUUGAUCCAAAUUUAUUGUGCAUAGUAGACGAUGAGGCAGAAAUUGAGAUCAAGCCGGGGUUGAUUAGAGCUCUUCCCACAUUUUCAGGUUUCCGUAAUACUAACUCCUUGGGUUCAGUUCACAUGAAUGAGGCUAGCAGAUUUUUGAAGGCAUUUCACAUAGCAUGUGCGGGGAUGAAACCGGCUGGUGUCACCCUCGACCAGCUCAAGUUAAAGGCAUUUCCUUUUGCCUUGUCUGAUGCUGCCAGGGAGUGGUUAUUUGAAGUACCUGCUGGAACCAUCACAACAUGGGAUCAAAUGCUAAAAGUAUUCGCAGAAAGAUAUUUUCCAGCAUCUUUGAUAGCUAAUAUCAGGAAAGAAAUAUGUGGAAUUCGACAAGACGAUGCAGAGACACUUCAUGAGUACUGGGAGCGUUUCAAGAAACUAUGUGAUAGUUUUCCAAACCAUCAAAUCAGUGAGCAAUUAUUAAUACAGUACUUUUACGAAGGACUCAGGGAGACAGACAGGAAUUUAGUUGAUGCAGCAAGUGGUGGAGCAUUGGUUGACAAAACACCCGCAGAGGCAAAGAAACUGAUUGUAAACAUGGCUGCAAACUCUCAGUAUCGAGGAGGUCAAAAUAUCAAGUCCACCUCUGUACGUCAAGUUAAUGAAGUGGUGAGUUCUAACCUUGAGCAACAAGUAGCUAAACUCACUUCCUUAGUGGAGCGAGUAAUGAUCAAAAGAGGGCAAGAAAAAACUUAUAAUCCGGGGUGGAGAGAUCAUCCAAACCUGAGAUAUGGUAAUGCUCAGCAGCAGGCAGGCAACUCUAACCUCAGACCACCAGCUUUCCAGCAACAGCAAGCUUCUAAUCCUCCACCUGGGUUUCAUCAGCAACCACAAUAUCAGCCGCGACCUCAAAAUCAGCAAGUUUCCCAGCCACAAUCUGGUAGCAUGUCUCUGGAAGAUAUUGUGAAGGCAAUGGCUGACAACACUUUGCAUUUCCAGAAAGAGACAAGAAGUGGUCUAAAGAACUUGGAGAACCAAGUUUCUCAGUUAGCUAACACAGUAGGAAAGCUCCAAGCUCAGAACUCUAACAAGCUUCCGAGUCAACCAGAGAGAAAUCCAAAGGAGAACACGAGUGCAAUCUCCCUAAGAAGUGGCAAGCAAUUAGAGGUUCCAGCGAAAAAGACUGAAGGGCUGGCAGCACACCAAGAGGAACAAGAGACUAUUGUUCCAGAGCAAGAUAAGCAGCCCACUAAGGUAAGAGAUGUUGUUUCUCCUAAUAUUGAUGAGUUUACUUCUUCUGUUCCAUUUCCUAGUAGGUUAUCAUCUAAGAAUAAGAAGAGAGAGCAAGAAAAGGAGAAAGAGACCCUGGACAUUUUUCUCAAGGUUGAGGUAAACAUACCUUUACUGGAAGCUAUAAGACAAGUGCCGCGGUAUGCAAAGUUUUUGAAGGAGUUAUGCACUAACAAGAGGAGAUUGAGUGGAGAUGAAAAAGUCAGUGUUAGUGAGAAUGUGUCUGCUGUUUUACAGAGGAAAGUUCCUCCAAAGUGCAAGGAUCCAGGUAUUUUUACUAUACCAUGUAAAAUAGGUAACACGAGAUACGAUAAAUGCAUACUAGACUUAAGAGCUUCUAUUAAUGUCAUGCCUUUAUAUAUCUAUAAAGCUCUAAACUUAGGACCUUUGAAAGACACUCGAGUGAUUAUUCAGCUUGCUGACCGUUCUAAUACAUACCCUGUAGGAGUAGUCGAGGAUGUUUUAGUGCAAGUGAAUGAACUGGUGUUUCCUGCUGACUUUUAUGUUUUAGAUAUGUCAAAUGAUGAAUCCCCUAGUGCAGCACCUAUCUUAUUAGGAAGACCUUUUCUGAAAACAUCUAGAACUAAAAUUGAUGUUCACAGUGGGGUGUUGACCAUGGAAUUCGAUGGGGAGGUUAUCCGGUUUAAUUUAUUUGAUGCCAUGAGAUAUCCCUCUGAUUGUGAAUCUGUUUCUAGUAUAGAUGUCAUUGAUGCACUAACUGAGCAAGUAUUCUUUCUCUCUGGUCAUGAUGGGUUAGAUGUUGUUUUGACUGGGCCUAUGGAAAAAGAAAAGUAUACUGACUUGCAGGAACAUUUUGAGCUUAAGGGGGAAGUUAAGGAAGCUUUUUCCUCUCUGGAAAUACUUCCCGAUAAGCAGUCAAGGUAUGACAAACAGUUUAUGCAGUUACCUGUCACUUCUAACAGAUUGUUACCUUCUAUUGUACAGGCCCCUGAAGUGGAACUAAAGCCACUACCAGACCAUCUCAAGUAUGCGUUUUUGGGAGAAAAUGACACUCUGCCAGUCAUAAUCGCGAGUAAUCUAACUCCGAAUCAAGAGCAAAAGCUGGUGCAAGUUCUGAAGGAGCAUAAAACAGCUCUAGGGUGGACGGUUGCUGAUAUAAAAGGAAUUAGUCCCUCUAUGUGUCAGCACAGAAUCUUAUUAGAAGUGGUAGCUAAACCCGUGAGACAAGUGCAGCGACGACUUAAUCCACCUAUGAUGGAAGUGGUGAAGAAAGAAGUAAUGAAGCUUCUUGAAGUAGGGGUGAUAUACCCUAUAUCAGAUAGCCCUUGGGUCAGUCCCUUGCAAGUGGUCCCAAAAAAGUCAGGAGUCACAGUGGUGGAAAACGAUAAGGGAGAAAUGGUUCCCACCCGAGUACAAAAUGGGUGGAGAGUUUGUGUAGAUUACAGAAAACUCAAUUCUUUGACUCGAAAAGAUCAUUUUCCCUUACCCUUUAUUGAUCAAAUGGUAGAGCGUCUUGCUGGUCAUGCUUAUUACUGUUUUCUUGACGGUUUUUCAGGUUAUGUGCAGGUCCCUAUAACUCCGGAGGAUCAAGAAAAAACGACGUUCACAUGCCUGUACGGCACAUUUGCGUAUCGUCGUAUGCCAUUUGGACUGUGCAAUGCUCCAGCGACUUUUCAGAGAUGUAUGGUAAGCAUCUUUUCAAAUUACCUUGAAAAUUUCAUAGAAGUUUUCAUGGAUGAUUUCACUGUACAUGGAGAUUCUUUUGAUAGAUGCUUAGAACACCUCACUUUGGUCCUUAAACGUUGUCUUGAAACUAACCUUGUGCUUAAUUCUGAAAAAUGUCAUUUCAUGGUUCAACAAGGUAUAGUUUUAGGCCAUAUUGUGUCGUCUGAAGAAAUAAAAGUUGAUAAAGCUAAAAUAGAUCUUAUUUCUUCUCUGCCUUACCCCGCCUCUGUGCGGGAAGUUCGAUCUUUUCUUGGCCAUGCAGGGUUCUAUCGCAGGUUUAUUGAAGGAUUCUCGAAGAUUGCGCAACCACUAUGCAGACUACUCCAAAAAGAUGUGGAGUUCCAUUUUGAUGAGACCUGUAAGCAGGAAUUUGACAAGCUGAAAGACAAGUUGGUCACUGCCCCUGUUCUACAACCUCCUAACUGGGAGCUCCCAUUCGAGUUGAUGUGCGACGCUUCUAAUUAUGCUGUAGGAGCGGUGCUAGGCCAGCGAGUUGGAAAAGUUCCCCAUGCCAUCUACUAUGCCUCAAGGACUUUGGAUGCGGCUCAAGCUAAUUAUAGUACAACUGAGAAAGAACUUUUAGCUGUAGUUUUUGCUUUAGACAAAUUCAGGUCUUAUUUAUUGGGUACUAAAAUUGUUGUGUUUACUGACCAUGCAGCGCUGAAAUAUCUGUGGUCAAAAGAUGUAUACAAACCUAGGCUAAUACGUUGGAUAUUAUUGCUUCAACAAUUUAAUGUUGAAAUAAAAGAUAAAAAAGGUUCUGACAAUAGUGUUGCUGAUCAUUUGAGCAGGUUAGUUAUUGAAGCUGAUGAAGGUAAAGUCCCAAUCAAUGAAGAGUUCCCCGAUGAGCAGCUUCAUGCCUUGAACUCAAGAACUCCAUGGUAUGCUGAUUUGGUGAAUUUUUUUGUAUCCGGGAAGUUUCCAGCCAGCUACACAAAAGCACAGAAGGACCGGAUGCGUAGUAUAGCAAAAUACUACAUAUGGGAUGACCCAUACCUCUGGAAAUACUGUGCUAAUCAACUGAUCAGAAGAUUCGGAUUCCCGAGAGCCAUCAUCAAUGACAAGGGGACACACUUUUGCAAUAAGACAAUAGGAGCUCUCUUGAAGAAGUAUAAUGUGUUUCAUCGAGUGUCCACUGCAUAUCACCCACAAACAAAUGGACAGGCAGAAGUCUCCAAUCGAGAAAUCAAGUCCAUUCUAGAGAAGACUGUGAAUCCAAACAGGAAAGAUUGGAGUCUCCGCCUCAACGAAAAUUUAGCUCUGUUUUAUUCUAUCGUCAUUUUUUUCAAUUUUAUAGCUCUGUUUAAAAAAAAAAAAAAAAAGAAAAAAAAGAAAAAAAAAAUUCAGCUUAGAUAUUUCGUUUGCUCCUACUUUGAAGCCCCCUAUAAUAUUCAGGAAACUAAUUCUGUUUUUAUUUGGCAUAAGUUGUUGCAGGACAGUGGGAUUGGUUGGACCCAAUGGUGAAGUUAAAGCUGCGCUGAUACAACACCUGCUUAUAUCCAAAAAUGUUUGCAGCAAGAAAAUAUGAACAUAUUGAAGCUUGGGGGGAUACCAUCAGGCAGUACCCUACCAUAUUCAACUCAUCCGGUGAGCUCGUUUCCUUGUCUCUUCCUAUUUCUAUCCCCUUAUUUUUUUUACAGUCACACAUUGAGGGCAAUGUGUGGAUUAAGCUUUGGGGGAAUGCGUUAUGUUCAGUCUCUUGGUAUGUCUCUGUUGUGGUAUGGUAUUAUAUUGAGUCUAAUAAUGAAAUUUAGACAGUGCAUUGCAUAUGAACAUUACAUUCACUCUACAAUGCUUAACUUUGCUAAUAGACUUGUAUAUAUAUCAAAAAAAAAAAAAAAAAACAAAAAAAAAAACAAAAAAAAAAAUGAUUUGGCCCUGUUCUAUCCUUGAUUCAAGUCUUGAGGAUCUUUGAUUUACUCCACUACAGUGUUGACGGAAGGUAGGCUGUAAUUGUUUUAAGAGUUGAUAAUUGAUUUUGUAAUCAUAAAAAUGAUUUGCCCCCUACAUAUAUACUUGACUUGACGCUGUUAUUGAGCAAAGUAGAGUGAUUAUUACAGAAUGCUUAGCUGGUCUGAUGUGUCAAUAUAUUUGGCUUGAAAUUGUAAUUGAGCAAGAGUGGAGUAAUUGUAACAUGUCAGGUUGCAUACUAUUAUAUCAAGAGUCUAACUUCUCUGUAAUUUCAUGCCUUUGCUUGAGGACAAGCAAAAUAUUAAGCUUGGGGGUGUUUGAUAGGGUCGUAAAAUAUAAUUUUUAUAUAUAUUAAACUCUUGAUUUUAUAUUGACAUUUGAUAAUUUAAGAGUAUUAUAAGUAAUUUUCUUUCGUAGACUUGAGUUACUACUAUUUUAUUUAUUUGGCUGUAGGAAGGAAGAUUACGGCACUAAAUUACAUUUUUACCAACGCUCGGAUUAAAAGAAACCAAGACCACAUGACCAGAUUAAGUCACAUUUGUCUCAAGCCCAAUAAGAUAUUAUUGUGAAUGGGCAUACUAGAGGAAAGAGAGCUACAAACCUACAAUACUCAUCAGAAUCUUUUUCUCUUUAUUUCGAUGAGCAGUGAGGUAGGUUUCUUGAGCGAUUUUUGUGGGUACCAAACUGUCAAGCUAGAAAAGAUAGAGAUGAAAUCACAUAAGGAUGAGAGCGUUCGGGAUCAAAGAUUCCGGGUGAUAAGAUUGGGAUGCCGAAUGGGAAGAAAGGGGGUUGUUUUUGAGAUUGGAAGGGGAGAGAUUUUUUUAGACUGUUUUUGGAGUAAAGCCGAAUUGCAUGCGAGAGGAGGCGAUCUUCUGGGCAGCGAAUUGAGGAAAAAAUCAGAAAACAAACUCAGAGCAGUGUAGUAGCGGUGAAGAGAAACAGCAUCAGUCGAGAGGACUUAGAUGUGUUCUGGAAUUUGUCAUUUGCUACGGGAUUUUUCUGGGCUAGGUUUCAGGAAUAAAAACUAAAGAAAUUCCUUGGAGCACUGCAACUCGUGUCAUAGUCUUGGGUAAUCAUCAAAUUGGUUUUGAUACUACAUUAGUUUAAUAUCUCCUUUUACUCUUUGUAUUGGAUUUCAUUUUGGUAAUAAUAGUCAGAGUUUGAUUUCUUAUUAAGAUAUAGGAUUGAAUUUUAUUAUUCAGCUAAUCAUUGGUAAGUUAUGGCAUUUGUUAAAUGUUGGUACUUUGUGCUUCGUUUAGCUACUGCUAGCAUUAUCAAUUUCGAUGUUUAAUUAUUUAUAUCAUAUUAUGAAGUUUCUUUUUGUA